GUCACUUCCUCCCCGGCCGGAGCUGGCCCCGCUCAUUCUCUUUAGUGUUUGCCCUGUGCCCGCCGCCUCCCUCCGCCGCCGCGGUCGCCCCCCGGCCCCCCCCGAGACCCGGCCCAUGGACUGAGCCGCCCGCUGGCCCGCACCACCAGCCGGCCCGGGAGCCGCAGCCCAGGCAGCCAGGUCAGCAAUUUGGCUUCAUCACACUGAGUUUGCCUGCAUUCAGAGCUGUUUACCUACAGUAAUUCGCUCUGGUUGGAAGUGAACAUGUCUCAAGUUCAAAUUCAGAAUCCUUCUGCUGCCCUUGCAGGGAGCCAAAUAUUGAAUAAAAACCCAUCUCUCUCACAGCCUUUGAGUAUUCCUUCUACUACUAGUUCUUUACCCUCUGAAAAUGCAGGUAGACCUAUCCAAAACUCUGCUUUACCCUCUGCGUCAGUUACAUCCACCAAUGCAGCUGCAGCUCCUUCAAACAUGGCAAACCCCAAAGAGAAGACUCCAAUGUGUCUUGUGAAUGAGUUAGCCCGUUUCAACAAGAUUCAGCCUGAGUAUAAGCUUUUGAGUGAGCAAGGUCCAGCUCAUUCUAAGGUGUUUACAGUUCAGCUGACUCUUGGGGACCAGCACUGGGAAGCUGAAGGAACUAGUAUUAAAAAAGCGCAACAUGCAGCAGCUGCCAAAGCUUUGGAAGGGACAAAAUUCCCUAAGCCUACGGCUCGUCCAUCUCGUAGUGAAGGCAAAAAUCCAGACAGUGUAACCCCCACAGUGGAGUUAAAUGCACUUUGCAUGAAGCUGGGAAAGAAACCUAUGUACAAACCUAUCGAUCCUUACACGGGGAUGAGAUCAACUUACAGCUAUACUAUGAGAGGUGGCACUUAUCCUCCUCCACGGUACUUUUACCCAUUUCCUGUUGGGCCCUUACUUUAUCAAGUUGAGCUUUCGAUUGGAGGGCAGCAGUUUCAUGGGAAAGGAAGAACAAGACAAGCUGCUAAGCAUGAUGCAGCUGCUAAAGCACUGAAAGUUCUGCAGAAUGAGCCCUUGCCUGAGAAACCAGAGGUUAACGGAAAAGAACCAGAUGAUGAAAAUCUCAAUAAAUCUGAAAUAAGCCAAGUUUUUGAGAUUGCACUUAAAAGGAACUUGCCUGUGAAUUUUGAGUUUUUCCCUCUGAAACAGGUGACCAAGGAAAGUGGUCCUCCCCAUAUGAAGAGCUUUGUAACCAAGGUGUCAGUUGGAGAAUUCAUGGGUGAAGGUGAAGGAAAGAGCAAGAAGAUCUCCAAGAAAAACGCUGCAAUAGCAGUCCUAGAAGAACUGAAAAAAUUGCCACCCCUUCCUACGGUUGAGAAAAUGAAGCCACGAAUCAAAAAGAAAACAAAAUCAAUAGUGAAGCUGCAGACGAGUCCAGAAUAUGGUCAAGGAAUGAAUCCCAUCAGCAGACUUGCCCAGAUACAGCAGGCCAAGAAAGAAAAGGAACCAGAGUACAUGCUCAUCACAGAACGUGGCCUUCCAAGGCGCAGGGAGUUUGUUAUGCAGGUGAAAGUUGGUGUACACACAGCCGAAGGAAUGGGCACGAACAAAAAAGUUGCUAAACGCAAUGCAGCUGAAAAUAUGUUGGAAAUUUUAGGUUUCAAAGUCCCUCAACCUCAACCUCCAAAGCCAGCAUUAAAGACAGAAGAGAAGACACCAGUAAAGAAACCAGCCGAUGGAAGAAAAGUAACCUUCUUUGAGCCAGGCUCUGAAGAGACUUCAACUAGUAAUAAAGAAGAUGAAUUUAGGAUGCCUUAUCUCAGCCAUCAGCAGCUUCCUGCUGGAAUUCUUCCCAUGGUCCCUGAGGUUGCACAGGCUGUAGGAGCCAACCAAGGACACCACACCAAAGAGUUCAGUAGGGCAGCCCCAAAUCCUGCCAAGGCUACCGUAACAGCAAUGAUUGCUAGAGAGCUUUUGUAUGGUGGUACUUCUCCUACUGCUGAGACCAUAUUAAAGAAUAACAACUCAUCAGGCUACGUACCCCACGGACCACUUACUAGGCCCUCUGAGCAGCUGGACUAUCUUUCCAACGUUCAAGGAAUCCAGGUUGAAUAUAAAGACUUUCCAAAAAAUAACAAGAAUGAGUUUGUAUCUCUUAUAAACUGUUCCUCUCAGCCACCACUGAUCAGUCAUGGAAUUGGAAAGGAUGUAGAAUCUUGCCACGAUAUGGCUGCACUGAAUAUUUUAAAGUUGCUGUCUGAGUUGGACCAACAAACCACAGAGAUGCCACGAACAGGAAAUGGACCAAUGUCUGUAUGUGUGAAACAAGAAAUGGAAAGUGACCCUCUUCUCAAACCGGCUAACUCAAACACUUUGGGACAAACACUGGACAGCACUGCCUAAAAAAGGCUUUUGACUGGACCCAAACCUGAAAGCACCAGAGAAAAUCAAAUGCUUCCUAUUAAUGUAACCUAACUGUUUUAGAGUGCUACAGUCUUUACAACCUACUGUAGUGUCUAAAUCAUAACCGUUGCUUUUUCUUCAAACAGUGAUAAAUUUUUAGUUUCAUUAUGUUGUUUUGAUUGAAAUGACACUAUAAAUUUUUCAUUUAAAAGUUUCUUAAUUGUAUCUAGAACAAUAGCACAGUUUAGAAACUUUGUCUUCUGAGACUGACAUGUUAUCUGUGAACUAACUUGGGAAGAUCAUAUCCAUGUAUGUGGUUAUUUUGUUUUUAUUGAAAUAGCAACGUUUCACUGGAAACAAAUUGUGUGCCCACCGUUUUUAAAAGUCCAAUAUUUUCACAAACCUUAGCUUAAUUAUCCAACGGUUGAAUUAAUUAAAACUCUUUAGGAAUUUUAAACUUUGUUUGAUCACUUUUGGUUAAUUUCUAGUUUUCUUUGAGUGGGGGGUAGGGGAACUCGAAUGCAACGUGACUUUAAAUGAUCUCUGAUCGAUGUUUUAAGGAUUGUGUGUAUAGAUGGCACACAGCUCACUACAUUACAGGAUAUGAUCUCAAUGUAGUGCAUAUAAAACUGCAGAUUGAUUUUCCUUGAGUGCUUUAUACUGUUUAAUUACAUCUCCAUGUAGGGCUGAAAAAAAUUACCUAUGUUUAUAUAUAAACUGUGUUGCUUUUGAUGUUGUGUUAUUGCGCACUGAACCGUGCGCAAUAAAGUUUUUUGCAUAUGGUCCAGGUAAAGCACGAUAGCCUUGCAAGUUAAGUACUGCUUCAGUUCAUUGUUUACGCUGGAAUUUUUUCUCCCCAUGGAAUGUAAGUAAAACGUAGUGUUUGUCACCAAUAAAUGGUAAUACUAAAUUUUUUUGGUUAAUUUAUUCUUGUAUGCCACUACAGGGGCUGCUUUUUUUAUAGGAUUUGUAAUGCUUGUGAUAUAGUACGGGCAGUAUUGUAAAGCUAUGGAGUAACUGUACAAUGGUUAUCAAUUACAUAUAAAUAACUACUAUUUAGUAAUGUUGAGGAUGUGAAAACCUGGCAAGGUCAAGGAAAUUCAAAAGUAACGUGGGUACAUUUUGUUAUUUGUGCCACAGUGUGUUAGUGCAACUGUAUUAAUGGGAGCUUAAACUAAAGUUAAGAUUAUGACAAGAAACCUGGCACAACAGGUUGGUAUGAUUUCAAAGUUUAAGUCUCUACUUUUAAGUUUCCUUGUUUGCUUGUAAUUUGAGUCAUAACCUUGCCUUGCACUUAGUAAUUUUGCGGGGGUGGUACUUUCAAAGCAAAACUUUCCCUCUAGCAACAAAAUCUGGCACGGUAGACUGACACAUGAAAGUGUAUCGUUUGGAUGUGAACUACGUUCAGUGUGUACUUUACUGGUGAUCUGUAGCAGCACUUCCUAAACACAUGUUUGCAGCGCGUGUAGUAACUCUCAUCACAGAAAGCAGUUACUGCAUUUGCUGUGUCUCAAAGCUAAAUGUCUCGGCCAUUUUAUUUGCAUUAUCAAAAGCAAUCAGGCCACAUUAACUGCAUACCAAACUUUAUUGAAUCAAGUUGGUUUUGAGCAUUAUAAGCGGAAAAAAAAAAAACAUUGUAAAGUUUUUUUGGGUUUUGUUUUCUUUUUUUUUUUUUUACAUUUGUAGAACUAAAAUGCUGUACAUUUAAAAAUUAAAAGAAACUUGCUAGGCUGAGGCUUUGUAUUGCAAAUUCUUACAACUUAGAAACUGCUUACCAAACAAUUUAUAGUGCAAAAAAAAAAAUACCACAUUGAUAGCAAUGUAAGUGGUCUGCCUACCUUUAUCCGCUGUUACUUAGGAGUUCUCUCUCUGGAUGGGACUGGAGCCUUUUCUUCUGUUUUGCAGCGUUCAUUUGUUGAUAAUGCUGUGUUUCAUAUGAACCUGAAUGAAGGUACUUUGCCAUAGAUACCUCUGUUCCAAUAGUCUUAAAUGCAUCUGUCAUCUUAGAGGUGCAAUGUAAGAGAAGGUUCUUCUGUCAAAGAGCUUGUAAUCACAGCCCCAUGAUGGAAGACUUCAGGUCACUAUGCGGAUUCUGGGUAAGCCAAAGGGAGUUCUAGAUAAAAGUCUGGUUUUUUUUCUAGAGCACUACAAUCACUUGCUUUUUCUGUUGUCUGCUCUGUGCUUGGUACAGCAAAGCUAGGAAGAAUGAUUACGUAUUACAUGUAAUCACCUGAAGGCUUUAUAUGACACUUUGAUUCAACAGAUAAUAAAAUGUUCUAUGAAGAACAGAAAUAUAAGAAAACUGAGGAGAAGGUGAAAUUCUCUGGCUGCAGUAGACUAGCAAGCUGGUACUGGUAUAAAGCAUACAUUUCUGAGUACUAGCAAAGUGCUGUCUGCAAGAGACCUCACCUUCUUGGAUUCUUUCUUUGAACUUUUUACUUUUGUUUUUGAUCUUAAGAAACCUUUUGACUGCAAGUGAAUGAGCUGGAGCUUCCAAAUAUGAGUGUCAGUGUACAUUAACUCAGGCUUUGUGCCGUUCAGUAAUGAUCCCAUUAUAGAAAAUGUAAGUAUAGGGUCUGUUCCAAAAUUACUUUCUUGUAUUCAGAUCUCAAUUGGUUAGGGUUGUUCUCCCACAAGCGGAUUUUACCAAGCAUUUUUCUCCCCAUUAUCUUAUUUGACUCUGCUUAAAUUGCCACAUUUUAGUAAAUUAAUGCAUUUUUUUCUGUUUCUCCAUAAGUAUUUGGCAAUAUGGCACCACUAAUCUGAGUGUUCCAGAAUCUGCCGUACAUUUAACAAAUUGUGACAUUUUGCACUCAAAAUAUUUAGUUUAGUUCAGCUGCAGACAACUUCCCUUUAAUCGCUUUCAAAUGGGAGUAAGAAAAACAAAGUAUUUAAUGCGAUCUGUCAGGCUUGUAACUAUUGUGCUAACAGCUGCAACACUGAUCUUGUUUCUUUUCAGAAUUUACCAUGUUAUUAUUCCAGCCCCUUAAAUCAUAGGGCCAGUGUUCUGCAAGUAGGGAUGCCCUCAAGCCACAGCUUCAAAGUGGAGAGGAAGGAGGUCUGAUCCUAAGGGAUCUGCUUUAGUGUAACUCGUAAUGGAGGGUGAUUCCCGAGGAGGCUGGUCUGGUCACUGGGGGACAGGAGAUGUGAUGUGGCAAAACGAGUCACUGAAUUCCAGUGCAUUUCAGUCUUGUUCAUUUGGACCUUUUUUAACGCCUGCCCAUCCCGCUUCCAAAUGCAGAGCAUACGGGCUCAAAGGAAGUAUCUGAGGAGUUUGGAAACCAGAUUCUGGAAAUAUUUAUGUUCAUUUUCCAGUAGUUCAGCUUGUAAAUAAGAUCAGCAGAGACCAGACAGUGUAGGCAAUACAUUUUUCUUCACCAAAGAAAAUGUCCUGUCUGCCUGUCCUUCCUCCCAUGUCUGGAGUCUGCCAGUCUCCAGUCUUCAUGUUGUUUUUUUCUGCUGUUGGAAAGAAAGCACUCAUUACUGUUCUCUGAAAUUUCAAAGCCUUAAUUAAGCCAACUUCUAAAUUCUAGCAGCUUUUGCAUUGCUUUUCUUCAAGCUUUUUCUUAUUCUUACAAGUAUGCAGCUGCACUUAAUAGAAGCUCUUGUCAAAAUAACAACACUGGAGAGGUGCAGUCAAAUGUCUCUUGUUUCAAUGCCCUGUGGAAGAACCUGAAGAGAAGAGUGGCUUUGUGAUGUGCUGCAUAUCAAACCUGACAAAUGAAGCCUGUUCCGGUGCUGUGUUCUCAAGCUUAAAGUCUGCUGCUCGAGUCUCCUAUUUUGAGUAACAAGUUGCACUCUGAAGUUGGUGUACAAGAAGGAAGGUAGUCCAUGAUCAUCCAGGGCUUUUUGCUUUCUUGGAUGGGUCAGUUUGCUAUGCUCAAGACAAAAAAGUGCAUCACGUAAAAGUUAAAGGGGAAUAAUGACAUUAGUCAGGGAACUUUUUUAAGGCAGAAUAUUUUGUCUGUUAGUAGGAAGUCCUGACUCCCCGAAGGAAGAAACAUGACUUUUCAUGAUCCAUCAUUCUUGGUUUCAGGAUGGAGAUCUUAAAGAAAAGAAGGAUUUGUGCAAAAUUUAUUUUUGGGAAUGCUGACCUGUAGGAUACCUAAAAUGUGCCUACAGAAUGAGAAGCAGCCUGGAUUCACUGCAAUACCUGUUUCUUCCACAAUAUUAAAAUACAUUCCCAUAACUUGGACAUAGACAGCUGUUAUUUCCUUAGGAACAAUCCUAUCUGAAAGGACUCAGGUGGGGAAUCUGGAGUCUGCAAGCCAGUUAUUCUUGUUCUCAAUUCUCUGGCCAAAUUUUAGUACCAUAUAUCAGAGUUAAAUGUAGCUGUACUUGGAGUUCCACUGAAAUUAUUAUGUUACCUAAGGAUCAAACCAAAAUUCUGUUCUAACCCACUGAUCAAAGUUAAAAAUAGUUUUAUUCUGUCCAAAUGUAUAUGGUGGAGUUUCCAAAAGUGCCUAACUGCAGGAAGGGAUAGGAUGUCUGUAUACCACUUCACUAAUCUUGUUCUGUGAAGCAACCAUAUAAUUGUUUGCUGCGUUUAUUUUGAAAAUCUGCAGACAGAAACCAAGAAAAUGUGUGAUUCAAUGUAAUAUCUUCCUUAAGGGCUUCUAUAGUUAAGUGAGUUUACUUUGACUACUCCUCUGUUUAAACUCAGACAAAGAAAUGCUGCUCCAGAGGUGGUUACAAAUCUGAAAAUACUCAAGUUCAUCUCUGUGGCUGUGACACGAUGUAUUGCCUCCCUUUACCUGCUGAUUGGAUACGUACACUUAACACCCAGGAACUUCUCAGCAAGAACCUGAACAUCCCAUGGAAGGAGGCCGGGGAAAAAAAUUAAGUUGUUAGAGCAGAUUAAAAUCUCAAGGGUAUUCAUUUAAUCUCUGGAUUAGAACUGAAUAAAAGCAUACAGAUUGUGAAUAAUACUUAUCCAAGAGUGUAUUUUAUUCUCUGACAAAUUAUUUUGUAUACAUCUAGCAGUAUCCUAAUGCAACAGAAUUGUAUUUGAUUAGAAAUGAAAAAAAUCAUAGUCCUUUUAAACUUUACUCAUUCUCUGCCUUCCAAUUUCACAGUAUUUUUUCGUAACCUGCUAGUAGAGGAUGUUUUAGGUCUUAAAUGUCCCAUAUUAACAAUGCAGAAAAUGUCCUUCACAGAGUAUGCUUUCAAUACUUUAAUCCUCUACUACCAUUCUUUCAUUAUCUUUACCAUUUCCAACCA